UUCAUUAUGGUCCUCGACUUCAUAGCGUGAACAGUCCAACGCAUACGCGAUCAAUAUAAACAACAAUAUUAUUUGUAUCCAAAUUUUGUGUAUCUUGUAAAAAUCAUUCGAGAAAAACGCUUGAAACUAUUUACGAAAAAGAAACCAUAAAAUUUCCAACGCUACUAGUAUCGAUAUAUCGAUAUAUGAACGCUUGGGAUUCCCGUUGUUAUUUAGUAGUACUUGAAUUUUUCGCGGCAAACGUACAAAGUGUCUUUUAACGAAGAUCAAAUAUUGUAUAGUGUUGAAUGUUUCCUCUUCCUUCGAUUAACGGAACAGAUUAAAGAAGAUCGGACUGUUGGCGAGAAGAAACAGAAGCUGGUAAGAAUAAUAGCACCAUUUAUGUAUACUUACAUUCAUCGUUUUAUCAGCACGUGCUACAGUAAGUAAAACCGUUUAAGAAUUAAGCGUUGAUUUAUUGGAGACAGAACAAGUUUUCGAUUGUUGUGAAAAUAGUUUAAGUUUCGUUAUGUACGUAAUUUGUAGCUGUAACAAUUUAAUCUAUAACAAAACGAACAAACGAGUAAAUAAAUUUAAUUUCCAGGAAUGUAAUUGCAUUGUUUGCAAUUGAAAUUGAUUUAAUGUGUGAUAUCAGAGAUCUAAUUCGUCAUUUUAUUUACGAACGUUUUUUACUUUUUAUAAUCACAUUUUGAUGUUUAUUUUCAUUCGUGACAGCAGACAAUUACGAUUAUUGUAAUACAGAAUUUUAUAAGUUGUACAAUCUUGUCAUAGUAUUAUCUAAUUUGUAAUAUUCUAAGAAAAAUGGGAGAAUCAGGACAGAGUUAUUCUUCCGAAGAGGAAUAUUGGUUAAAUAGAAAGAAACUGCGACCAAAAUUUUGGCAAAAUACCUGCGGUGUUGCAAAUGCAAUACAAGACAAGUAUAAAAAUAUUUUGGGUUCCAGACCCAUUGUUCUUUUGCAAAGAUUACCAGAAAAUGUUAUAAAAGAUAACAAUGGUCAAACUAGCAAAUAUUCUGAACAAAAAAUUGACGCAAAGAAUCUUGCAAAAGAUUCUUUAUCGGAUGGGCAGUUGAACAGACCUGAUUUAUUAUUAUAUAAUGCAAAAGUUGUAUUAACAAGAUUGUCAAUAAAUGAAACUAGAUUGGCUACAAUAGGUAGAAGCACUGAAAAAUUAGGUAAAGUUAGAACUGCUCCUAAAUGUAAUUAUAGUUUAAAGAAAGGUAUAAAUGGUUGUACCUUACCCAUAAAAGAUAAUUCUGUGUUGUGUGUGAAUAAAAGUGAUUAUGAAUCUACCUUUGGCAAAACGGCAAUUGUAGGAGACAAUAAAAAUUCAAACAUAAUAAAUGUUCCUAGCCAGUUUGAAGCAUGUACAACAAAGAUUCUGAAGAGGAAAGGAAAAAGGAAUAAUGGACAUAAUUUUAACAAAAGGCAGAAGAUUUCCCAGCAGUCCCAGAUCUUUGAAGAUAUUGAUACAACUAGGAUCGAUGAGAAAGAAAGAGAUCUGAACCAGAACUGUAUUCACAGUAUGGUUCAUCGUAGUGGCAAUUUUGUAGAUGAAGAAAAUAUUGUAUUUAAUCACUUUAAUUUUGAAAAUGAAGAACAAGAGCAUACUUUGCCAGGUACACAGAAAUUAAUAAGAGAAAAGGAAAAGAUCGAUGUACAUAAUGUGACGCAUGAUAUAAUGCAACAAUCGCUAGAAACUGCAACUUUACUAAAAAAAACACACACAGAAAAUAACGAGAUCGUUAGUAACGAGGCUAUACAAAGAGUAAAUAGCUGGCUUACAGAUUCUAGAAUUAAGCCUAGCAUUAGCGCAAUUGAGAUCGGUAGCAUUAAUAAUAAUGUUAUAGAGACAAAUGCAGAUAGAGCAAUAUCUCAAUUGACGAACGUAGCCGUUAAUAAGAUUACACAGACCAAAAAUAAUGAAAAUAUACCACCCCGUAUUGCGGAAAAAAAGUUAAACAACGAACAAGGUAUUUCAAAUUCAAUAGAACAGAAGGAAAUAGAAACUCUUAAAAGCGUUUCUAAACCAGAAUGUGAUUCACUGCAGAAAAAAACAUGGAACUUAACGGAAACAACAUAUGUAACAUAUAAGUCACCUGUACAAAAUGAACAUUUAUUUUCAGACGAAGUAAAUUCUAGUAGUAAGCGCACCGAGGAUGACGAGGAUGAAGACAUUGACUGUAUUUCUUUGUUCGCUGAUUCGGCACUUAUGGAAGAAUACAACGAUUCACUUGUAUCCGUUAACAAGGACAAGGUGUAUAAUUAUUUACAUACUGAAAAAGCGUAUGCCAUGACCAAUAAUGUAAUUGAUAAUUAUUAUAAAAGGACUGCAUAUGAAUUUAAUAAGUUAUACAACUCUUACAGUUCGGAGAACAGUCAAAAUACUACAAAACAAAAUGAAGAAUCGUUAGAGUUACCACAAAAUACAACACAAAAUAUCAUUGUAGACAAUACAAAUUACGAAAUACAAAGUAGAGACUACAAGAGAAAAUAUCAUAAUUCAACUCCAUUGAUAAAAUUCAAUCAAAAUUCCCAGCUAAAUAAAACAACGAAUAGACACACUCUCGAUAUAACACAAAAUAUCAUUAACGCUAAAUCUCUUCUAUUGACGAAAUUCUUACAAACGACCCAGCGAGAUCAAACUGAAAUAAGACAUCGUUUUGAUAUAAUUUCAACAAUUUUUCGCGGCUAUUGCUAUAAAAUAAUUAAAUUUGGCGUAUGCAACAACGAAAACUGUUGCUUUAGUCAUGCGUUCUUGCCGUUUAUGUUAUAUCUGUAUACGGAAGAUGAACAAUUUUUGUUCAAAAUUAUAGACGAAUUGAGAUCGUAUAACCAUCUAACAUUUUUAUCUAAAUUCUAUGUAUAUUUACUUUAUAUCAAUGUAAUAUUUUGA